GGCGGGGCUGCAGACGCUUCUUCAUGUAAAUACACUGUCGUUGGUAAACAGGAAGAGCACUUAGGUAACAGACUACCAGUAACACCGAUCACAGACACCAGAAAGAUCGGUGAACAGAUCCGGACCAGAAGUGGGAAGGUGGUCACUAAGUACAAUUAAUCGAGCCACCAUGGUUCAGUGUCAGCUCUUCUCUCUGGAGCAGCUGAUGAGUUCAGGGUUUGGCCGUCCUUUUCCACGACAUGGCCUUCAGCUCCUGUUCUGGUUUGCCAACCACUGUGUGACCUGUGAAGUUAUUAACUUUGUGCUUAUCAUGAAGCUGGUGUCCGACUGCCAACCAGAGAGAGGUGUCUACGGCUUCCACCUGUUUGGCAAUAUGGAGGAGCUUCUGCCUGUCCUAAACAGAAAGCGCAAGAGUAAGAGACAGGAGGAGGACAGGCCUUACAGUCAGGUAGAGUCUCAGGUUUUGUACUUUGAAGUUGGCAACCUGAACACAGAAACUUACCCAGGGUCUGCCGACCUCCCCUCAUAUGUGAGGGAAAAUUAUGAUUUGGAAGGUAACAUUGACGAUAUCAACAUAGAUCGCAUUAUUGUCAGUUACCAGUUGCGAACCAGGGUGGUGGAGACAGUGUAUGUCACGGAGCAUGACAGAGCUGUCUUCGGGAUGUUCAGCGCUGACAGGACUUUUGAAAUCAACCCUGAACUGAUACAAGACCUGCAAAGCCCCCAGCUAGACCUCACCACCUUUCUCACCCAGACAAGCUACUGGGGAGAUAUACAGGUGGUUCAGACAAACGAUAUAGAUGAGAUUCACUAUCCAGAACCUUCAGUCGAGCAAAUGUUCAACAUAAUGCAGAACUACUGGGUAGCAAAGCGUCAAGACUUAGGUUUUUUCUCAGAAGCCUUCAACCAGCAGAUAGAUGUCAGCAUAAAUCCAUACAGCGAUGAUCAGCAAGGGCAAUACUUUGUCGACGUUACCUCACACAACAGCCAUUUCGUGGCAUGCAACAGUGAAGUGCAACGUAAAAACAAGAAGCGUAAAGCCAGCAAGAGAGCAAACACUUGGAGGCAAACGUAUUGGCUGCCCGACAGGGGGGCGUGUAUUGAAGAUUUUGAUUCAGUCAAGAAGAAAAAAGGAGGUGGUGGCUUCAGAUUCAUCAAGAUUCUGCUCAGUGCUGGAGUGCUCUGCUUGGCAGCCAAAUGUUUCAGCUGGCUGAGGAGCUGUUGGGGGCUGGGCCGAAAUGACAACAUUCUCCAGAGAAUGCCAUGGAGGACUCCAAGUUAUCACUACCAUAGCCCUUUCUGCCAUUGUGUGUUUCCCCUCCAGUGAGAGUGUCAGCACCUCCCUUGAUCACUGACCUUAUGACUGCCCUAUUGACCUAUGCCUGGAUCUCCAGAUCCUGAGAAAGAUGACUUUACUCUCACUCUACAUCGGAAAUGGAGGCAAUGAAGACUUACAUUAACGGGGGGGAACAUUAUAUAUACGUACUUGGGUCCUAUUCGCCACUACAACUUGAGGGAUAGAUCUAUAUGAACCUUGCUCCCUCUAAAGCAGGACGCCUAGUAAGGAGCUCCAAGACCAUGUGGCGGAUUGCUUUAAGUUGGUCGUGUGUUGAGGACGGGCAAGACUUGGUUAUUGGCUCAGCUCCAGAUGAAUGUGCUUGUGUUGACGGGGGAAGGUGAACAAAAAGCCUUAUGGAAGGCGGAAGCUAAGCCCCGCCUCCCACAAGACCAUAUAUGCAGGAGGGUUGUCUACAGCACAAUAUCAUCUAAAUCAGGGAGAAAGAAGAAUUCAAAGCAGAAACAUCCAAACCUGUUUUAUAUUUGUUACAAACAGCAAUCAUGUGAUAUGUGAUCAUGUCAUAUCAUGUGUCCUGCACUUGGGAGUCGCCAGUUUUUUGCCCCACUUGAUAGAGCCAUUGGACAAUGAACAAAAAACGCCAAUAUGUCCAAAACGCCGCUGCCUGCAAGGCAAGUCAGGGCAAGUUUAAUUUAAUAAGAAAGGCAAUUCAAAGUGCUUUACAAAAAUUAAACACAUUAAGAGCAUUUAGAAAUAGUGCAGCGGAAACACGUUAUAAAAUGGCAUUUAAAAACAGUUAUUUAAAAGCAAAGAUAAUAAAAUAAACAACAGGUAUACUGUAGGAAAUGUUCUUUUAUUCGAAGCCCAGGAGUCAAUUUAAAAGAAACGAAGUGAAGCUCAUAUACGUUUUAAAAGGAGUAUUUAAUAAAAGGAUGCAGCAGUAGGUUUUACAAAAGUUUCACAGCUGUGGCUCAAUAGCCCGGGACACGCGUCCACAGGCCGCUGACUGAGUGGAGCUCAUCAGUAGUUACUGUCUGGCGGUCCGGAACAAAAGAGAAGUCGAUUUCACAAUACAAACAUGUUAUAGAACCACCCCUUUCCGACCAUACAAUAAACAACUUCAAAAUAAGACGUGCUCCGUUCUCGUGCUCUCAUUGGUUGGUAGCGGGGGCUGGAUCCUGUUGGCCGCUUGUCACAUGGUGUGAGAGCCAAAUUAUUGUUAAGUUAUUUUGAUUAAUAUUUUUGAAUGUAAAUAGGUCAGAAUAAUAUUAACAAUGUUGUAGACUAGUUAAGUUAAAUAUGCUGAUUUAGAACUGUGUUAUUAAUGCUGAAAUUUGAUAGGUUAACAACAGGAUUCUAAGGGAUACGUGUAAUUUUGUAUGAGAGACGUGCUGCUCAGUUGACGUGCGUGCAACAACGAAGGCACAUAGCUUUUUGACCGUGUCCGUUUCCCUGGCCUUGUCCGUGCCUUAUGAAGGAUAAUACCAAGUGAUAUUACUAUUUAUUUUACCUGUUUUGUGUUUGUACCAAGAUACUUUCGUGUUACCAAGACGUCAAGAAUUAAAGAAAACAAAAAGAAA